AUGUAUGAUCAAUUCGCUAAACCAGCAACAUAUGUUACACGCGGUGGUGGCGCUACCCAGGGUGCCGGCCAGAAGAAGCAUGUCGAUAGCCAUGCUAAGAAGUUUGCUAUGAUUGAAAAUGAUAACGAUCAUUUCGGUGAUCACAGACAGAAGGUUGGCAUUGAGAUGGCCAACAAGAUUAAGAACCUUAGAAACGCUAAGGAGUGGACACAGAAGGAUCUUGCUCUCCAUGCUGGUGUCAAGAUCGAUGUUGUCAAAGACUACGAAAGUGGCAAUGCAGAGCCAAAUGCUAAAAUCAUUAAGAGAUUUGAACAAGUACUUGAAGGUCCUCUUAGAUAA